AUGCAAAGCGUGCAAAGGCACUUCGGGAAGUACAUGAAAAGGAGCGCGGAUGAGAGUCAGGUCUCCGUGCUACUAAAAGACUUUGAAGAUGCGGAUCUACUGUUGGCAAAGAUUAUAGACGCCUCGAAAGCAUGGCGUGAUUCAUGGUCCUCAAUUCUCAGUUACCAACAUAGACUGGUCAACGAGUUCGAGGGCAUGUAUGCGCCCAUUGUUGGUGCCGCUGACUCAUACCACGGUCAUCAACCUGUCGAUACAUCAGAAAAUACUAUGACCAGGACUGUUAGGCUACGGGAAGAGUACGAGGAAUUGAAGAAGGACCUCAUGGAAGAGGUCAAUCUGGUGGAUGAGAAGAUGAUCAAACCGGCCAUGGAUGCCAGAGAUUCUCUCUCUUUAAUGAAGAAGACUAUCAAAAAACGGGAAGACCGAAAGCUUGACUUUGAGCGGUACCAAGGUCGAGUCGAGGCAGGACGAAAGAAAACAAAACGAUCUGAUCGGGAAAAUGCUGCAUUGUCAAAAGCUGAGCUGGAUCUCAACCGAGCCACAGACGAAUACAAUGCUGCGGACGAUAAUCUCCGCCAUUGUCUACCACGACUUAUUACAGCUACCUUUUCUCUUCUACCACAUGUGUUGGCCAGUCAGAUCCAGAUCCAGAACACCCUUCUUGCACACUAUUAUACGAUGUUGCAUAAUUACUGUAGCGAUGAGAACUUUCCCAAUCCAGCACCACCAAUGGACGAGGUCAUCAGAACGUGGGACGACGGCUUCAAAAUGAUUCAGAGAGAAGCGGAGUCAAUUGCAAUACUCGCAAACGGCAAAGCGGUACGGAUGCCAAUGAAGAUAGAGGACUCGAACGGUGUACCCAAUGGCUAUAACCGAAGACCUAGUGGACAAUCAAACCUAAGCCGUGUGCCUUCAACGAGCCCGGCAAGAGCCCUUCCUGCACCAAGCCCGACGAUUGACGCAAAGCCUAAGAUCGGAGCACUUCCAUCACCUGGCACAUCACUUAUGCUCUCUGCCCCGCCAGACACAGCAGUGAGCUCUCCCACACCAUCAGAUUACCAUACACCUCUUCCGUUUUCUCCUGCUGCUCCUCGAGCCGACUAUUUUUCUCGCGACCGGCAGUCCUCACACACUUCUGCCACUUCGUCAAUGACGAAUCUAUCAGCUACCAUCGCCGGGAAGAAAAAACCUCCGCCUCCUCCGCCUCGGAUACCGAGCAGCCAGGCAUUAUUUGUCACUGCUCUGUACGACUUUGGUGGACAAGGCGAGGGUGAUCUGGUUUUUAGAGAGGGUGAUCGCAUCAAGGUUAUCAAGAAAACGCAGAGUACAGAUGAUUGGUGGCAGGGUGAACUCAAAGGAGUGCGUGGCAGCUUUCCAGCAAAUUAUUGUGAAUGA